AUGUUUAAGAUAAAAAAAAAAGACUCUUCAAAAAACUCUGAACAACGUGUUCUUUCCAGAAACAGCGACUCUAUAAAUAAUAAUAAUAAUCAAUUAGCUGUUGCUAUAAACAAUAAAACCGGCGCCGCUCUUAAUUUCAUUUUAAAAAAAGCUCCAAAUUUUAUUCCAAACGUUAUCAACACUGCAAAAAUAAUAACUCCAAAUUUACAAAAGAAAACUGAUAAAAAUAAGAGUAAAAAUGCUGAUGUUGCUGCCGCUGCUGAUAUUUCUAUUAUAAAUAAAUCUUCCUCUUCUCCGGUGGUCAUUCAUACUUCUUCUUCUCUCUUAAAUUCUCCUUCUAUAACUCCUGCUCAAAAACGUGGCUCUAGGUCUUUAAAUGGUGAUAUCGGUAAUCGUCCUGAUCAUCAACGCCGUCCUUCUGAACCAACAGGAUUAGAUAAAAGUACUUUACUUUCCGAUUAUUCUAAUCUAUCUUCUUCAAUUAAUAUCAAAGAUUCUUCAAGUAUUUAUGGUGCUGUACCUAUUUUACCUUCUUCCGGAAAAAAAGAUACCGGUCUUUAUGGUGCUGUACCUGCCAUCAAUGUUCAUCAUGUCGAUAUUACUAAUGGUUUACGUAUUAAUCGUUCCGCUUCAAUAUCAAACGUUCCUAUCAUUAAAGAAGGUUAUUUAAACAAAAAAAUUGAUUUUGACUAUUAUUAUGGUGAAAUUUGUUAUGAGAUAGAUCGUACUGUUGCUAUGCGAUUCAAGAAGCAUGUAUGUUUACUUAUAUUUGAGGACAAUGUUAUAAUAUGUAAACGUAAAUGGGUAAGAUAUACUAGUGCAAAUUUAAUAAUUGAUGCUAUGGGAUUUGGUGAUUGGGAUACUAGAUCUAUUAGUAGUACUCGUGGUAUACCUGAUAAUGAUACUUUUUCAAUAAAUAAAGGUAAAGGUUAUUAUACAAAAUGGAAACUUGAUGCUAGUUAUUCAAUUCAUAGUGUAGAUGUUAUUCCAGAUCCAAAUUUACCUAUGGGUUAUUCUCCAUAUAUAGCUCCUUCUUUACAACCUUCAUUUAAUGCAAAUAGAAAUGAUGAUACUUCUUCUUUACGAUCUGUUUCUUCUAAUGUAUCAGCUAUUGCAAAUGUUUCUUCAACUUCUGGUGUUAUUCUUUAUUUAAAUAUUGUAGAUAAUGGUGAAAAAGAUAGUUAUCGAGUUUUUGUUGCUUCUAGUAAUGAAGUUAGAUCUUUAUGGAUUUCAAAAUUAUGGGAUGCUAAAAAAGCAAAUUUAAGAAAAUUAAUGAAAUUAUCUGAUAAACAUUCAAAAGGUCAGAAUAAUGACUUUGAUCAAAAUAAUGGUUUAACAACUAUACAAAAUGGUAUACGAGGUGGUGGUGGUACUAAUGGUUCUCAAGAUCAUACAGGAACUGUUGGUGAUGAAAAACCUGAUAAUACAACACCAAGAAGGAGAGCAUUUUGGAAUACUGGUAAACAUCCUGAACUAAUAAUUAAAGAAAUUGAUGUACCGGUAAUUAUAGAACAAUCUGAGCAAAUUAAAGAAAUUGAAGUACCGGUAAUUAUGGAGCAAUCUGAGCAAAUAAAAGAAAUCGAAGUACCAGUAGUUGUGAAGCAAUUUGAGGAAAUUAAGGAAAUCGAAGUACCAGUAGUUGUGAAGCAAUUUGACCAAAUUAAAGAAAUUGAAGUACCAGUAGUUGUGAAGCAAUCUGGGCAAAUUAAAGAAACUGAAGUACCAGUAGUUUUGAAGCAAUCUGAGCAAAUUAAAGAAACCGAAGUACCAGUAGUUGUGAAGCAAUCUGAUCAAAUUAAAGAAACCGAAGUACCAAUAGUUGUGAAGCAAUCUAUGGAAAUAUCUGGGCAAAUUAAAGAAACUGACGUUCCGUUAGUAAUGGAGAAAUCUGAGCAAAUUAAAGAAACUGAUGUUCCGUUAGUUAUGGAGAAAUCUGAAGAAAUUGAUGUUCCGUUAGUUAUGGAGAAAUCUGAAGAAAUUGAUGUACCGUUAGUUAUAGAGAAAUCUGAGCAAAUUAAAGAAACUGACGUACAGUUAGUUAUGGAAAAAUCUGAGCAAAUUAAAGAAACUGACGUACCGUUAGUUAUUGAGAAAUCUGAGCAGAUUAAAGAAACUGAUGUACCGUUAGUUAUGGAGAAAUCUGAGCAGAUUAAAGAAACUGACGUACCGUUAGUUAUGGAGAAAUCUGAGCAGAUUAAAGAAACUAACGUACCGUUAGUUAUGGAGAAAUCUGAGCAGAUUAAAGAAAUUGGUGUACCAUUAGUCAUGGAGAAAUCUGAGCAAAUUAAAGAAACUAACGUACCAGUAGUUAUGGAGAAAUCUGAGCAAAUUAAAGAAACUAACGUACCAGUAGUUAUUGAGAAAUCUGAGCAAAUUAAGGAAACUAACGUACCAGUAGUUAUGGAGAAAUCGGAGCAAAUUAAAGAAACUAACGUACCGGUAGUUAUGGAGAAAUCUGAGCAAAUUAAAGAAACUAACGUACCAGCAGUUAUCGAGCAGUCUGAGCAAAUUAAAGAAACCAACUUACCAGUAGUUAUGGAGAAAUCUGAGCAAAUUAAAGAAACCAAUGUACCAGCAGUUAUCGAGCAGUCUGAGCAAAUUAAAGAAACCAACGUCGAAUCAUCAUCUUCACCUGUAAUAGAAUUAAAAUCUCAAGCUCUUAUUCGUGGGGGUUCCAUUGAUUCAUUAAUCCACGAACUUGUAUUUGAAACUCAAAAAGGCUCUGAAGAAAAUGAUGAAUUUCUUCAUUCAUUUCUUUUAACUUAUCCACUUUUUGCUGAAAUAUCUCACGUUUCUCGUGAAUUGAAACGUUGCGCAAGCAUCCAAACACGUGAUGAUAUUUGGAACGCCAUGUUAGAUAUUGCUGAUGAUGUAUUUGAAAAAAAUCCUUCUUAUUUAGAAGAGAUAAAGAGAUUAAUACAAAGUUCACGUGAUAGUACAUUAAGUGUUGAUAACAAUGAAGAAGAAAUUACAAUAAAAGGGUCUCUGUAUCAACCUGUCCCUGCACCUCUUUCAUUAGAUCUUUCUAAUUUGCUUGUUACUG